AACAAGUACACAGACAGAAGGUUCUUCUUGGCUUACAAGCUGAGAUAGAUGGCCGCCCGGGCAGCUGCACUCGUCGUCGCCCUCCUCGCCGUGCUUGUCGCCCAUGGCGUCCGAGCACACCCGGAGUUGAACCACACCUCCUCCGCCGCCCGCCAACUCCGCGGCUCCGGAGGCUGGCUCCCGGCCAAGGCCACAUGGUACGGCGCGCCCAACGGCGCCGGCCCCGACGACAACGGUGGCGCGUGCGGGUUCAAGCACACGAACCAGUACCCGUUCAUGUCCAUGACGUCGUGCGGCAACCAGCCCCUGUUCAAGGACGGCCAGGGCUGCGGAGCAUGCUACCAGAUAAAGUGCACCAACAAGAACAACCCCGCCUGCUCCGGCCAGCCCAAGACGGUGAUGAUCACGGACAUGAACUACUACCCGGUGGCCAAGUACCACUUCGACCUGAGCGGCACUGCGUUCGGCGCGCUGGCGCGGCCGGGCCUGAACGACCUGCUCCGGCACGCCGGCAUCAUCGACAUCGAGUUCCGGCGGGUGUCCUGCGACAACCGGGGCCUGACCAUCAACUUCCACGUGGAGCAGGGGUCCAACCCCGUGUACCUCGCCGUGCUGGUCCAGUACGCCAACAAGGAAGGCACCGUGUCGCAGAUGGACCUCCUCGAGUCCGGCUCCCGCUACUGGACGCCGAUGCGCCGCUCCUGGGGCUCCGUCUGGCGCCUCGACUCCAACCACCCGCUGCGCGCGCCCUUUUCCCUGCGCAUCCGCGGCGAGUCACGCAGGACGCUCGUCGCCUACAACGUCAUCCCGGCCAACUGGAGGCCCAACACCGACUACCGCUCCUACGUCCAGUACUAAUCAGCUUGGUGGGUUCGGUUGUUGAUUUUAUUUUGGUACCGUACCGUGUGAUUAUUGCAAAUUUUCAUUUUGCAAUGGGUUUGGCGAUUUUUCAGUAACGUGUGUGUGUCCUUGUGUGUGUGCGCGCGCGCGCACUUGGGGCGCGUGGGAAAUGGAGGAGGCAAAGUGUGUUAUACAUGUGUGCUAGCUCUCCCGCCCACCGGCGAAAGUGCGUACAACUAGUGUGCGUUCCAUGACUAGAGUGAUAUACAGCGUGUAACCAAAUCGCGGGGGUUAUGCCUCGUCAAUGGAUCAUUAAUAACUACUUUGUCGAUCACAUGAUUCCGAUUA